GAUAUCACGAAGCCCAGCCAAGGCAGAGGUCGGAUAGCGGUCGAUAAAUAAUAAAUCCGGGCUCAGUCUCGCCGACCCAUCCAGCCCAGCCAGUCCCUCCAGCCUUUCCAGGAUUAGAAAUCCCAUCCCGGGACCCCGUCAGCCCCUACCAGCAACAACCAUAACAUUUAGCACUCGCCCUUAACUGUAUCCGUCUGCUGCUUGUUUCACUCUCCGUUCCACCUCCUCCCUCAAAAAUCCCCUUCCUCCAAGCCGUGCGUUGCUCUCUUCCGCUGAGCGGCUUGACGAACAUCACCGUUGCUACUUUUCGAUUUGUUCCCCUCUCUUCAUUUUCCCUGUAUUCUAUUUCGACGUGUUCGCGACGAUAUCCCUGGGAACCGCAUCGUCGCAUGGGGUCUGAGGAAACAGGUUGCCGUUGUCCUCGAAGCAGGGCGUAAACCCAUCUAAACAUGCGCGGCUUCUUCCAGGCUGCGGCCGCUGUGCUAUCCGUAUUGUCGCAUUUCUCAGACGCCCACUCCGUCAGGAGAAAUGCCUUGAAUUAUAUCAGUCGACUCGAUGACCCCGUACUCCAUACCCCUUCUCACCAAGUUCGCUCCCACACUUCCUUCGACCUCACAUUUCUCCUCCACGAAGGGGAGGACAAGAUCCGAAUAUCGCUGGAGCCUAAUCCCGACGUGCUGUCCGACUCGGCAACCGUGCAAUACCUCGGCGCUGACGGCACCGUCCGACACGAGAGGGUAGAAAGGACAGAGCACCGCGUCUUCAAGGGCCACGCCUUCCUACGACAUCCAGGUCAUGCCGAGUGGCUCAACACCGGCUGGGCCAGGAUAUCCGUCCUCCGAGAUGGGCCCAAGCCUUUAUUCGAGGGCACAUUCCGCGUCAACGGGAACCACCAUCAUAUCCAGACCAGUUCUAACUACAGGCAGACGCAACACGAGGAAGACCCCGCCGCCGACGCCGCUGAGGACGAAUACAUGGUCGUUUGGAGAGACUCGGAUAUCAAACCGAAUUCGUAUAGCAACUCUGAGCUGAAACGUGGACUGGACGAAAACACAUGCUUGUCUGAUUCCCUAGAUUUCAACAACGAGAACGAGCAUCCGGUCCGGAGUGGACUAGACCUGCGCGACCUUUCGGUAGUAGACGCACACUCGCUCUUUGGUCGUCAGAUCGACGGGACAACCGGUGGAAACGGCGCCGGUGUUAACCUAGCGGGGAGUAUCGGAUCCACGCAAGGCUGCCCUACCACCCGGAGAGUUGCCCUGGUGGGAAUCGCUACCGAUUGCACAUACACGGCCCAGUUCGCUUCCAACGCCGACGUACGUACCAAUAUCAUCCAACUGGUUAACUCGGCCUCGGCGCUCUUCGAGACCUCGUUCAACAUCUCCCUAGGCAUACAGAACUUGACCAUCAGCGAGCGCGAUUGCCCUGCGACUCCGUCUGCCAACGCCCCGUGGAACGUCGCCUGUAGCAGAGGCGUCACCAUCACCGACCGUCUCAAUUUAUUUUCCGGCUGGAGAGGGCAGUUUAACGAUACCAACUCGUACUGGACCCUACUGAGCACGUGCAACACCAACGCAGCAGUAGGUCUCGCGUGGUUGGGCCUGUUAUGCGCUCAGGGCUCGUGGGUGCGGGAAGACUCGAGCGGCGGGAACGGAACGAUAGCUGGGGCCAACGUGGUCGUUCGGACGUCGACCGAGUGGCAAGUAUUUGCUCACGAAGCCGGCCAUACGUUUGGCGCUGUCCAUGACUGUAACCAGGAAUCGUGCUCCGACGGCACCGUGUCGAGGCAACAAUGUUGCCCUCUUAGCACCUCGAGCUGCGAUGCCAGGGCGGGCUUCAUCAUGAACCCUUCCACCCUGCCCGGUCUUACCCAAUUUUCGCCAUGUACCGUUGGCAAUGUCUGUUCCGCCCUGGGCCGUAAUAGCGUCAGGUCCUCUUGCUUGGCCGAUAACCGGAACAUCGUCACCAUUACGGGAAGCCAAUGCGGUAACGGCAUUGUAGAGGCGGGCGAGCAGUGCGAUUGCGGCGGUCCAAACGGGUGCGGUAAUAACAGCUGCUGCGAUCCAACUACGUGUCAGUUCCGGGAGAACGCUGUAUGCGAUCCGUCUAACGAGGACUGCUGUACGAGCCAAUGCCAGUUCAGGUCGUCAGGAUCGGUUUGCCGAGCUAGUACGGGCUCGUGCGAUCCCGAGGAAACUUGCAGCGGCCAGUCCGGAAUGUGCCCUACCGAUCUCAAGGCGAACGACGGCGACACGUGCGGCGCCAGUGGUGCCGGUCUAUCAUGUGCUUCCGGCCAGUGCACCUCACGUGAUCUGCAGUGUUCGACCCUGGUCGGUACCUUCACCAGCAACAACAGUAUCAGAGCUUGUAACUCGCAGAGCUGUACAAUGCAAUGCUCUUCGCCUCUUCUCGGACCAAAUAGCUGCUACGAUUUGGGGCAGUACUUCCUCGACGGCACCCCUUGUGAAGGCGGGGGUCGCUGUUCUAGUGGACGAUGCGAAGGGUCUAGCUUCACUGAUCAAGUGGGGAGCUGGAUCAACGAUAACAGGAACAUCGUCAUCCCCGUGGCGUCGGCUGUCGGCGGUAUCAUCUUGCUUGGGCUCGCCUGCUGCAUAUGUACGUCGUGCCGACGCAGGAUACGGAGGCGGAGAGCGGCCAAGGUGCCGCCGCCGAACAGCAGCUGGGCAGCUGGACACGGCGGCGCCUGGGCGGCCAACUCGGUUGCACGCCCACCCGUCGCGGCCCGAGGACCAGGCAUGCACAGACCGCCGCAGCCUUGGCAGGACAACCGCCAGUGGGGCCCGAGGGUAUCUACGAUGCGUUAUGCGUGAGACA